GAAAUACAAUUGAGAUUUUCCCCCAGACACGCAAGGAAAACGGCAACAUUCGAACCCGGUGCGUGUUAACGGUGUAUUCAUUGUUACAUGAGUUUAAAUAGCCUACCAACGGCGUCUUUUAUCACCUUUACAACUCAUUCAUUAUUGACUAUAAAUCAAGAUGUUUGGCUUCCACAAGCCCAAGAUGUACCGGAGCCUAGACGGCUGCUGUAUCUGCCGGGCCAAGUCCUCGAGCUCCCGCUUCACCGACAGCAAGCGCUACGAGCGGGACUUUCACAGCUGCUUUGGGCUGAGUGAGGUGCGUUUUGGGGAGAUCUGUAAUGCCUGUGUUCUCCUGGUGAAAAGGUGGAAGAAACUCCCAGCUGGAUCCAUAAAGAACUGGAAUCAUGUUGUUGAUGCUAAAGGUUCAGGGUCAAGCUGGAAGACAACAGUGAGGUCCAAGAAGAUGAAGAGGAGAGCCAGGCCAAGCCAGAUCAGCCGAGUGCAGAAGGAGCUCAAGAGACGCAACUCUGAUGCCCACAGCACAACCUCCAGUGCCUCCCCCGCCCAUUCUCCCAGCUACAGCAACCAAUCAGACGAGUGCUCGGACGUGGAACUCUCACCAGGUGCCGUCCACUCGCCAGUCUUCUCUUUCCUGGACCUCACCUACUGGAAAAGGCAGAAGGUGUGCUGUGGCAUCAUCUACAAGGGACGCUUCGGAGAGGUACUCUUAGUCCCCCACCUCUACAAGCCCUGCUGUCAAAAGAAACGACAGCACGAGCCAAAAGAGGAAGGAGAGGAGGAAGCACAGGUGAGCAGAGAGAACCUGAUGAGCCCCGCGCCACCGAACAACCCCCUGCUCCCCCAGGUCAAAGACCACGAGGAGGUGCGAGGGGGAGGAACAGUGGGAAUUUGAUGUCGUAAUGUCACACAGAUGGACACAGAGAAAUGACAUUGCACUCUACAGAAGUCAGAUGGAGACCGUGGGUAUUUUAUGACGUCCUGGAGCACUCUCAAGACGGUCUUCUGGGAUUGCUUUAUAUUCAAGAGCAGCUAGACUACUUAUCAAAUGUUGUGUUCUGUACCAGGAUGCGGUGAGGUUUGUUCUUUUAGAUCUACUAACGAUUAUGGACUCUUGCCCCCCCCCCUCUCCCUGAGUGCUAUGAGAUUGUGAAUAUUCACAAUUUGUUUUCAAUAUGAAAUGCUGGAUCCACAAAAGCUGCAUGAGAAAUGGAGACCACUGGAACUGUACCUUUUCUAGUAGGAUAGAGCCAUAUCCAUUAGGCUAGAGAACAGCCUUCUAACACUUUGCCUUCACCUGUCCUGUACUAUACACACACAGGCUUUGGUCACUUUCUAAAAGGAUGCAUGCUCUCCUUUUAUUUUGCUUGUCCUUCCCUUACUCAACAUUGUCACUGAUGGGAUGCCUAACAUUGUAAGGGUAAAGCUGUAGAAAAUGUAAUUUGCCAAAUUUAUGUCAGAGGUGUGGGAAGAAAUUAUGCAUUUUUAAAGAAUAUGAUCAGAGCCUUAUUCUUUGGUUGUGUCCCUUUACCAAUGUCAUAUCCAGCCAUGAUUGUGCACCUGGUGUACUCAGUUAUAUUGAUGCUUUUUUCCCAGUCUACAUUUAAUAUUUGAGAUUGUAAAUAUGUAAGGCCAGUGAUAUUGUUACAUUUCUUGUCAUAGGAGUAGGUCUUUGGAUGUACGUACAAAGCACAUUCAAAGGUUUGAGGGAGCCUGUAGCGUGCCAUCAAGCACUGACCUCGAAGCAGCGCUCUCGAUCGCCAAUCCUCACCUGAACCAAUAUAAGCUAAAACCCACAAACUGACCUUGGAGCAGCACUUUUUGAGCACUUCCGAUCUCAGUCUACGGAACAGUUCCAUUUAGUUCCCUAGCCCCUUAGAAUAUCAUAUCUGAAGGUGACGGUAGAGUAGACGCUUUAUUCCUUUCAGUUCUGUGAACACUAACAGGGUUCAGGCUAUCUGGGAAGGGGCUAUGGCGCUAAAUGGAACUAGGCCUGGUUUUCUCCUAUUGAGAGUUUUGAUGCCCUUUAAUUUGGUGUUGUGCUUUAAGUUUGAAGCCUUUAGGGACUUGGUUGUACAAAUCUGUUGCAUGGUGACCUUGGGUGAAAUUACAACACUAUUUGUGUCUGUCACUUUUCCUCUGUUUGGCGCAAAAUGCUGUACAGCUAUGAAUAUAUUUUUGUAUAUAAAUGAUUAAAAAUGGAAAAGACUACAACAUAAUGAAUAGGUCAAACAUUUAGUUCUUAGUAUUAUAUAUGUCCCAAGACUGUCAUGGAUAUUGAGGGUGGUUCUAUACAAUUGUCAGUCCGAUGUGAUGUUAAUCUAGAAACCCCCUCCGUCUCCCAUGUAGGUUACUUCUGUCUUCACUUUUAUUUCAAGAAAUGUGUUUCCUUGUUCUAUACCUCCUGUCUAUUCACUAUUUGUUCAUAGAAUUUAAAUGUUCUUAAACCAUGGUAAGCA